ACUCUACACACUCCAAAAUGCCGUCCGCAAAGUUUGAAGAGGUCUACAAGAAGACCCGCGAGAUCAAGACCGGGCCCAGCAAUGACGACCUGCUGAACCUGUAUGCCUACGCGAAGGUUGCGCAGGGCGAGGAUAUCGAGAAGGCGCCAAAGCCCGGCAUGAUGGACUUCACCGGCAAGGCCAAGCGCAAGAGGUGGCAGGAGGUCGUUGACGCGAACACCUCGCAGGCCGACGCGGAGAAGAAGUACAUCGAGCUCGGCGAGUCGCUCAUCAAGACGCACUUGAAGUAAGCGCAGGGGGGAAUCUACUGGAUACC